AUGGCCUCCAGGAUGGUCUGUACUGUGCUCUUGGGACUGCUGUUCUGGCUGGCGACUGGAGCUAUCCCAGCACUGGCCUACAGCCCACGGACCCCGGACCGAGUCUCAGAAGCAGAUGUGCAGCGGCUGCUCCACGGCGUCAUGGAGCAGCUGGGCAUUGCCAGACCCCGCGUGGAGUACGCGGCUCACCAGGCCGUGAACCUCGUGGGCCCCCAGAGCAUCGAAGGUGGCGCCCACGAAGGGUUGCAGCACUUGGGGCCUCUGGGCAACAUCCCCAACAUCGUGGCGGAGCUGACGGGAGACCACGUGCCGGAGGACUUCAGUGAGGACCAGGGGUACCCGGACCCCCCCAACCCCUGCCCCGCUGGGAAAACAGCAGCGGAUGGCUGCCUGGAGAACACCCCGGACACGGCCGAGUUCAGCCGGGAAUUCCAGCUGCACCAGCACCUGUUCGACCCGGAACACGACUACCCGGGGCUGGGCAAGUGGAACAAGAAACUCCUGCUGGAGAAGAUGAAGGGCGGACAGAGACGCCGGCGGCGGAGUGCCAAUCCCUACCUGCAAGGACAGAGGCUGGACAACGUCGUCGCCAAGAAGUCUGCCCCCCACUUCCCGGAGGAGGAGGAGGACUCAGAGUAGAGACGGCAGGCCUCCCGCACGCACGCCACCCCGGCCGGCCGGCCCCCUCCGCCAGGCUCGGCAAGAAGCAUCAAAGCUAAAAUGUGUAUGUCAAG